CUGAUUGGUGGGCCCCGGCCCCUUUAGCGCGGCGAGUUUGAAACUGCUGGUCCUUAGUUUCUAGGCUGGCGCUCGGGCGGAGCUGUGGGACUCGGUUGCGGCGGCCGCUCCUGCAGUGCGUGCGGUGGACCAGGAUCUGCCAUUCUCAUUGAUUAACAAUGGAAGACUAUAUCAAAAUUGAGAAAAUUGGAGAAGGUACCUAUGGAGUUGUGUAUAAAGGUAGACACAGAGCUACAGGUCAAAUAGUGGCCAUGAAGAAAAUCAGACUAGAAAGUGAAGAGGAAGGGGUUCCUAGCACUGCAAUUCGGGAGAUUUCUCUAUUAAAAGAACUUCGUCACCCAAAUAUAGUCAGUCUUCAAGAUGUGCUUAUGCAGGACUCCAGGCUGUAUCUGAUCUUUGAAUUCCUUUCCAUGGAUCUCAAGAAGUACUUGGACUCUAUACCUUCUGGUCAGUUCAUGGAUUCUUCACUGGUCAAAAGUUACUUGUACCAAAUCCUACAAGGGAUUGUGUUUUGUCACUCUAGAAGAGUUCUACACAGGGACUUAAAGCCUCAAAAUCUAUUGAUUGAUGACAAAGGAACAAUUAAAUUGGCUGAUUUUGGCCUUGCAAGAGCUUUUGGAAUACCUAUUAGAGUGUAUACACAUGAAGUGGUGACCCUCUGGUAUAGAUCUCCAGAGGUAUUGCUGGGGUCAGCUCGUUACUCAACUCCAGUUGACAUUUGGAGUAUAGGCACCAUAUUUGCAGAAUUAGCAACAAAGAAACCUCUUUUUCACGGAGAUUCAGAAAUCGAUCAGCUCUUCAGAAUUUUCAGAGCUCUGGGCACUCCCAACAAUGAUGUGUGGCCAGAUGUGGAAUCUCUACAAGACUAUAAAAAUACGUUUCCGAAGUGGAAGCCAGGAAGUCUAGCAUCCCAUGUCAAGAACUUGGAUGAAAAUGGUUUGGAUCUGCUCUCAAAAAUGCUAGUCUAUGAUCCAGCCAAGCGAAUUUCGGGCAAAAUGGCACUGAAUCAUCCAUAUUUUAAUGACUUGGACAAUCAGAUUAAGAAGAUAUAGUUUUCAGACAGUUUCCACAUGUUGUUUCAAGAACAGACAGUUACAUUUUUACUGUUAACUCUUGUCUAUUUUUUUUGUCUAUGUACUUUUCUUUGUUGUAAAACCUCAACUGUGUGCUUCUCAUUUCAAAAGUGUAACUUAAAUAUGUAAAUAUUGUUGUAUGAAUUUAAAUAUGAUAACUGUAUAUGUGUGUAGAUCUCGCUGCUGCAACUACAUGUUACUAUAAUAAAACUCUAAAAUCUGUUAAUAUCA